AUGUCCUCUUCGUUCAGGCAAGAUGAUGAUCAACUCUCUCCUGCUAUCUCACAGGCAGAGGUAUGGUCGUCUCCACCUGUAAUCAUUCAAAUUGCUAACUCUCUCAAAGAUGAUGGAGAGAAAAAGGAAAUCAAUCUCAUUCCCACACUUGGUCACAACACUCGCAAUCGAUCAGAGCCCAACAUUGCUUCUGUGUACUGGCUUCCAAGGGAAUUCUCUAUCAAUACUCCCGAGUUUCGGACCAAAACUCUUUCGCCAUAUUUUGCAGAAGCGUCUGGUGCUGCUGGCUUUGUUGUAAGAAUUAAGGGCUACGAGAAAGCAAAAUAA